GACAGACGGUAUUUCUUCACCGUCAGUUUCCAGAUACGUGUGGAUCUACUUUGAGGGACAGGGUGAAUUUUCAAGAAGCAAGAUGUCAGAUGCAGGGAAUAACACAGAUGGGAAAACAGAGAUACCCAACGGAAGCUUGUCCAGCAGCCCGGAAGAGAUGUCUGGAGCCACGGAGGGGCGGGAGACCUCUUCCGGUGUGGAAGUGGAAGCUUCUGACCUCAGCCUGAGCCUCACGGGGGACGAGGGGGCCCCCAACCGGGCUUACCCGGAGAGCUCUGCAGAGGAGAAGGACUCUGACAGCAUGGACGACACAGGGCACUACUCCAUCACUGAGGAGAGCCGGACCUACGACCGCUCUCACUCGGAGGAGGAGGAAGACGAGGAGGAGGAGGAGGAAGAGGAGGAUCUGGAGGUGGAAGGGCAGCGCUCUCACCGGCGAGCGCAGCGCAAGCGGCCAAACUGGGACCGAGACUCCUCAGACGACGAGCGCGCCCUGGAGGACUGGAUGGCUUCAGAGACGACGGCCCUGUCGCGGCCUCACUGGCAGGCUCUGCGGGCCCUGCGGGGGAGAGAACUGGGCUCCAGCUCCCGCUUCAUCUACGAGGCCUGCGGGGCCCGGGUCUUUGUGCAGCGCUUCUGCCUCCAGUAUGGCCUCGAGCGCCACACCGGCUGCGUCAACACCUUGCACUUUAACCAGCGCGGGACGUGGCUGGCGAGCGGCAGCGAUGACCUCAAGGUGGUGGUGUGGGACUGGGUCUGGAGGAAGCCCGUGCUGGAGUUUGAGAGCGGCCACAAAAGCAACGUCUUCCAGGCCAAGUUCCUGCCCAACAGCGGGGACUCCACCAUCGCCAUGUGUGCUCGUGACGGCCAAGUGCGAGUGGCUGAGCUUUCGGCCACCCAGUGCUGCAAGAACACCAAGAAGGUGGCCCAGCACAAGGGCGCGUCGCACAAGCUGGCCCUGGAGCCGAAUUCUCCCUGCACUUUCCUGUCUGCUGGCGAAGAUGCCGUGGUCUUCACCAUUGACCUGCGACAAGACCGGCCUGCUUCGAAACUGGUGGUGACGAAGGAGAAGGAGAAGAAAGUGGGCUUGUACACCAUCUACGUGAAUCCCUCCAACACACACCACUUCGCUGUGGGGGGUCGAGACGAAUACGUCCGGAUCUAUGACCAGCGGAAGAUAGACGAGAAGGAGAGCAAUGGGGUGUUGAAGAAGUUCUGCCCACCCCACUUGGUCAACAGUGAGUCGAAGGCCAACAUCACCUGCCUGGUGUACAGCCACGAUGGGUCAGAACUCCUGGCCAGCUACAACGAUGAAGACAUCUAUCUCUUCGACUCCUCCCACAGCGAUGGAGCGGCAUACAUCAAGAGAUACAAGGGGCAUCGAAAUAGCGCCACAGUGAAAGGUGUCAACUUCUACGGCCCCAAGAGCGAGUUUGUGGUGAGCGGCAGCGACUGCGGCCACAUCUUUCUGUGGGAGAAGGCCUCCUGCCAGGUCGUGCAGUUAAUGAAAGGCGACAACGGUGGCGUGGUCAACUGCCUGGAGCCCCACCCACACCUGCCUGUGCUGGCCACCAGCGGGCUGGAUCACGACGUCAAGGUCUGGGCCCCCACGGCUGAGACCCCCACGCAGCUGGCCGACUUGAAGAAGGUGAUCAAGAAGAACAAGCGGGAGCGGGACAAAGACAGCCUGCACCACACCGACAUGUACGAGAACCAGCUGCUGUGGUUCCUGAUGCACCAGUUCCGGCCCAGGGGCCACCACCGGCGCCGCAGAGAUCCCGGCGUGGCUGCAACAGACAGUGACUCGGACGACUCCCUCAGCUCCUCAGACACGUCGGAUGACGACGAGGAGGGCCCGGACCGAGUGCAGUGCAUGCCUUCUUGAGGCCUCCAUGGAGGGGGGGUGGUACAAAAGGGCGGACACUUGAAGCAAAGCCCCCCCCCCCAGCUUUUAAUUCACCACUUUUUCUCUUUUUUUGGCUUUUUAUGGAACCCCCAAGGACAUUCUGCCCCCUCCCCAUGCUUCUCCGGGCAGCCACUGUGGCCUCGAGGGGCUUGGACUUCUGCCUGAGCCCCCAGCUGAGGGGAGGAGACCCCCCACCACCACCCUUGGCUCCCCCCCACUGUGGCUUUGGUCCCUUUAGUCCCCCCCCCCCGCCCCAAUGCAGUGGGGGCUUGGCUGCCUCUUCCUCCCCAGCGCUGCAUGGAAUGGGUUGCGAGUUCCAUUCCUCCCUCAAGCCAUUGGUGGGAGCUCUGUGGAACAUGGUAGAAGCCCAUGGAUUUUUUCUCCUCUCUUCUGAUGAGCACCACCGCAUGCCCCCCCCCCCCCAGCUCCCGGUUUUGCUGCUUCCGAGAUGAGCACACUUUUCCGCCCUCCCCUUUUGGGGCGUUGUGCCCCUGUUGUUUUUUGUUGGUGUUUUUUCUCUCUCCUCUCCUGCAGCCGUAGGGCCCCCCCCGUGGGCUGCCUAGAAUGCCUUUGGCUGAGUUUGUGGGGCGACCCUUAGGAGCAGCCCAGCGCUGGGCAGAGUUUGCUUGCCUCUAGUUUGUACAUAUUGGUGAUUUGCACUUGGCCCCCAUCUUCUGCUCCACCUUCCCCGAGAAGUCAGAGUUCCCUGCCGAGGAGUGAGUCUCCCUCGUGGGCAGGCGGAGUUCCCAUCCCUGGACAGACAGAAGGUUAUUUUUCUCUUCCUCUUCAGAAUUAUUCAUUUGUUUUUUGGGGGAAAGAAGAUCCCCCUUAUUGCUGUUUAGAGGCCUAAUUUUAUAUGUAUUAAGACAAGAACCAAAUUAAACUUGGAUGUUAUCAAGUUAAAAUUAUUGUAAAAGUUUAAAUAUAUAUAUAUAUUAUAUAAAUGCAAUAAAAGAAUUGAGAGAGA